AUGAUCGUCCUCCCCGAAGACGACCCCUCCACAUUCUCCCCCACCUCCCCCCUUUCCCCAUUCUCCCCCACUUCCCCCUCCUCACCUGGCACACCCGGCUCACCCACCGAGCGCUCCCCGCUCAAAGGCUCGCUACUAGCACUAGCACACUCCCCAACCACCACACCGCUCCCGCCGCCGACGUAUGCGGCGGCGCUUGCGGUGCCUGGCAUCACCACCAUUCGCACCCGCAUCCCCAUCAUGGUCGCCACGGACACGGACACGGGCACCACGGACACGACCGCCACGGCCACGGACACCACGGCCACCACCACAGGGACGAAUCCCCGCACCGCAGGGGAUCGCGCUGGCACUGGGGCUGGCGCUGGCGCCGUACACACGACCCGCACCAUCUGCCUCACCACAGCCCCCCGCAUCAUCACCCGCACCACCCCCCUCAUCACCACCCACACUCCCCUCAUCACCCACACUCCCCUCAUCACCCACACUCCCCUCAUCCCCCUCCGCACCACAAUCCCCCUCCGCACCACAACCCACACCACCGCCGCUCGACCUUUUCCGGGUGUUGUGUGGCCCCGCGCUCUUGCGCUUGGGGGUGGGGGUGGGGGUGGGGGUUGGAUAUGGACGGAUGUCGGUGGUUAUGGGACUGCGAAUGGGAUUAUGAAUGCGAAGGAUAUGCGGACUGGGACGACACAGUCGGGGGAACCGUGUCGGUGUCGCGAUAGUGAUAGUGAUAAUGACAAUACCGGUCCCAGUCCCAGUAAUAUCGACAGUCCCAGCGAGCGCGACAAUGACAAUGGCAAUGGCAAUGUCGGGAACUCCGGAAGCUACGAAAAACAAGGGGGCGAUGUCAUGCUUGCUUCCCAUAGCACCGACAUCGACAUCGACAGCACCAACAGCAAAACCGAGCGCACGAGCGUGCGGAUGAUGCCUAUCGCGUAUCCUGUGCGGGCGCGUAUCCGGUGA